UUUUUUUCUAAAAAAAGCCAUGUGGUUAAGGUUUGUGUAUACGUGUACGUGUGUAGAUAUCUACUGUGGACGUAGAUCGGCCUAGACUAUACAUCAAGAAAAACAAAGAGGGUAAGACUAGGGCCUAGAGUUCUUAUUUAAAGAGGGCCACUCAGAAUGCCAGGUAUAUUGGGUGGGACUGGUGACCCUGUAACGAGCUGUGAUGGGGCAGGGCCUCAGUCUGGUUUCCCCACCACCGCCCUGCACAGUGGGAGCAGGUUCACUGGACACCAGCAGAGCAAAGGAAACAAAUACCAUGUUGAAGUCAACUUCAAGCAUGUAGAUUACAAGAAUUCUACUGUAUGCGGUUAUUUGAAGAUCCAGGGUCUCACAGAGGAGUACCCCACACUCACAACAUUCUUUGAGGGCGAGAUCAUUAGUGCACGAUACCCGUUCCUCACUCGUAAGUGGGACGCCCACGAGGAUGUAGACCGGAAACACUGGAGCAAGUUCCCUGCCUUUGGACCCUUCAUAAAAACGUUCAAUUCUGAUGAUUUUUCCUACUCCCAACUGGAGGAGACUAACUCUGUGUUCAUGCGCUGGAAGGAACAUUUUCUUGUGCCUGAUCACAAUAUCAAAGACAUCAGUGGAGCUUCUUUCUCUGGUUUUUACUACAUCUGCUUUCAGUCCUCAAAAGGAACCAUUGACGGAUAUUAUUAUCACAAGUCGUCAGAAUGGUAUCAAAGUAUCUCUCUCCAACAUAUACCUGAAGAGACUGUCUCCGUCUUUCAGUUUCAUUAAAUUAAAAAUGACUCGAUCCUAUCACAAUAAUGCUGCCAUUAUUAUCAUUACAUGUUUGAAUCUUUAUAAUUAUUGUUAAUUUUUGUGAGGGAGGGGGACACCUAUUGUGUAUAUCCUACAUUAUCUGAAGGACAUGCAUACACAGUAUUAAAAAAAACUGUUUUGGUUUACCUGUUAUGAAACCUACAGGUGAUCAUGUGA